CGACGUGUGGAGUGCUUGUUCGACGAGCCUGCCGAGCAGUGUGCUAAAAGCCGGAUGGCAUACAAAACCUGACUGACUGCCUGUCAGAAAUCCAAGAUCCGAGUCACGCUAGAUGUUGAACGUAUCGGCCACUACAGCACGCACCGAGACCAACACACAUAGCGAGUAACCGAACCGCCAUCAAACAGACAUGUAUUCAGCUAACGGUGCGGGUAAGCACUACGGCGGACAAUACGCCCCAAGUAUGUACAGCAGCCCAGGCAUGCACGUGGGCCAGUACACCAGUCCGACCACCCCUGCGAAGGCCGGCAGCUCAAGCAACGCUGCCAGUAAUAAGAGCAGCACAAACACUCCCGCAAGCAAGAAAAGCAGCCCGAUGAGCAAUGCUUCCAGCAAGGAGAGCGGCCCUAGCGAUCUUGCGGCGGACGCAAGUCGCCUUUCGCCAGCUGAUUGCUCAUCUUCAGAAAGUCACCCCGAGGGGACAGAAGCCCAUUCUCGCCACGCCUCCCCAGACAGACCUCUACCGCUGUGCUAUGUAUCUCCACCAGAAGCUGAGCGAAGCCGGGGUGCCCUACUACUUCUGCGGCGGCUUCGCCUGCAUCAACGUGGGCAUGACGGCGCGUUCGACCGCCGACAUCGACAUCGCGGUCCCCAACGGGGCCCACGGGUACGGCACGCUUCUCAACAUCCUGUCUCGCCCGCCCUUCAUCCAGGACAAGACCGGGACGCUGCCUCGCGACUCGUACUACUUCUUUGUCGAAUCCAGCGGCAACUUCGUCGAGGUCGACGGCGUGAUCGCCGGCUUCAUGCAGUUCCCCACGCUCGAGCAGGCCAAGGUCAUACAGGCCGGCAAGACCAUGAAGCUGAACUUCCUCGAGCCGACCGGGCUGCUGAAGCUCAAGUUUGACGCCUGGUCCAAGAAGAGUCGUCGCGAGGGGCCGAAGAGAAACGGGGAUAUCACCGAUAUCACAUCUCUCCGGGAUCUGCUGAUCAGUAACCGCGCUCGAAUGGAUCUGGUGGAAUUGAAGGGCGAGUUCGCAAAGGGGCUCCGCGAGUGGGUCAGGGAGUUUGGCGACUUGAAGCAAUGGCAGAAGCUGGAUCCGAAGUAUCGUGGCUGAUCGCUGGGUUUAUGACGGCAUGCCUACCUAUGCAACUGUAUCUAACUAAGUAGGUAAACAGAGUCUGGAUAUG